AAACUAAUACGUGCGGAACUAAAGUGCGCUGGUAUGGAGUUCUGGUCGGAGCAGAAAGCGCGCGCACACAGCGUGGAUGUAGCAGAGGAACAUGGCGUGUGUGAAAAGUCAGCAGUGUUCAGUGUGGGUCGGAGCGGAGACCGGCAUCCUAAAGGGUGUGUGUGUGAGCAGGAAGCAGGUGUAUAAUUUUUGUGAGAUGCGCAGCCUGAACCGAGACGAGGAGAUCUGCACAAUCACCUGGGGGGACGAGCAGGAGAGUGAGGUGUUAAUGGGGAGUGUUAAUGGCAGAGUGAAGACUUUCAGUACAGAAAAGGGAAUAUUUACUGAGAGUCGAGAGUGUGCAGAUUUAACACAUGGACGAUUCACCGGCCUUGCAGUGACUGACAGGUCGUUAAUAACAUGUGUGGAAUCUGGAUUACUGAAAGUUUGGCCUGAAGCCGGCCAGGAGACAGUGGAAAUAAAUGUGGGGAGUGGAGUGUGCAGAAUGAGACAGAACCAAUUGGAGCGCCACCAUGUGGCCACUGGAGGAAAGGAGAAUCCGCUGAAAGUGUGGGACCUGCAGAGACCAGACACACCCAUCUUCACUGCCAAGAAUGUUGCUAAUGACUGGUUGGAUCUGCGUGUUCCAGUGUGGGUUAGAGACAUGGCUUUCCUCACACACUCCAACAAGAUCAUCACCUGCACAGGACAUCAUCAGGUACGUGUGUAUGACCCGUCGUGUCAGAGGAGGCCAGUGCUGCAGGCAGAGUUUGGGGAGGUUCCUCUGACAGCGCUCUCGGUUCCACCUGGUGAAGACAGUGUGGUGGUGGGGAACACACAAGGGCAACUUGCCACCCUCGACCUGCGCAAAGGUCUUGUGCGUGGGUGUAUGAAGGGCAUGGCAGGCAGUGUGAGAGGGUUGCAGUGUCACCCAUCGUUACCCCUCGUCGCCUCCUGCGGCCUCGACCGAUUCCUUCGCAUACACAACCUACAGGACAGAACACUAACACACAAGGUGUAUCUGAAGUCCCGGCUGAAUUGUCUGUUGCUCUCCAGCAGAGACCUCCAGUGUGUGUCAGACGAGGAGGAACAGCUGGAGGAGACAAAAACAGAGGAGGAUGAGGUCUGGGAUACCAUGGAAACGGUGACAGAAAAUAUCAGGAAAAGAGCAGCACAAGAUGAGGAGGUUAAAGAUGUGCUGCAGAGAGACAAGAAGAAAAGGACAAAGAAGUGACAACAGAUUUAUGUGCAGUUUUUAUAGACUGGUUAAUAAACUGUCUGUGCUCAGGUG